UUCAAAUAUUCUCUUAUCAUUACUACAAUAUGCAUCCUCUUGGCUUCAUUAUUUUUGUCUCUUUUAUGAUGGCAUCAAUUGCUGAAAUUUUGAAAUGUAACGAUAUAUUAACACGAAGAGCGAUUGAGAAACGUGGACGACAAAUUAAUUUGAAAUGUCUUGAGAAUAAGAAGCAGUUGGAGAAGUGUAACAAUCGUACAGCUGUAGAUUCUGCCUGGAUGGAUUUUGAACAAAUUAAUGCGAAUUACUUUACGACAUUGGAUUCUUGCAAGGAAGGAAAACGUAAAAAGCGACAUUUUGAAUUGACCAGCCAUUUCUUAGACUUCCGUCAUGAUAAUCUUGGCUUAAAUCAUGAUCUUAAAAGGAAACUAGAUGGAAAUCGAGUGAAACGCAAUGUACAUGGUACUAGUGAUGAUAAAAAUAACCCGGAAGUCGAGAAUGAUUAUUCCGGUGAUUUUAGGCGGUUCAAAAGAAACGAAUGUUUGAAAGAUAGUGAAAAAGAGAAAACUCGUUUGCUUGAGAAAUUCGCAAAAUCAUGUAAACCUGAUACCACAUAUGAUCGUGGUAAGAUGAGUAAAAGUUGCAAGGAUAAUUUGGACAAAUUAUCGAAAGCAAGAUACAGAGCUUAUAGCAAUUACGUGGGAUAUUUCCGACUUUGUUACGGUUCUAUUAGUUAAAGUUAUUCGUCACAUUAAUUAACAGAAUAUAAUUUUGAUGUCUUUACAAUCACAGUGUGCAA